CCGUCCUCGAGCCACCAGUGUACAAGCGCCUGACGUGCGUGUUGGACGCCCGACGUUCGUUUUUCGCGUGCCCGGCGGUGAAUAACCGCAUUUCUACGCCGUGCGUGUAAGUGUGUGUAGAUAUAUAGUACACGAGAAAGAAGUGCGCAUCGUGUGCGUGUGUGUUGUGUUGCGUGCGUGCGUGCGACCGACUGUUGCCGCGUUUGCCCACCGCCGCCGCCGCCGCCGUCAUCGUCAUCGUCGAAGGAAUGCCAUGCGGCAGCGACGAGGACUGCACGCACGCGUCCGGUGAGAGGACAACUCUCCAGCUUCUUUUCGCCGCGCUCGAGCAGCGAGAGCGGCCGGCGCGCCAGACGACUGGCGAAACUGCCGCGGCACGAACUGUUUUUGUUAUCGCGCGCGCGCGCGUAGCCAAAUAAUAUUAAACGCGUUGUGCGUUCUCGCUGCGCGUUGUGUGUUUACUACCGCGACGCACAUCUUCGCUAUAAUUGACGAUAAUUGUGUUUUUAUGUGAGUGCGCUGCCAUGAAAAGAGGAUACACGUGAAAAUGUCGACUCGUCUUCGGAGUCAUCACGAGUUGUGGUUGAUUAACGACGCAACGGAAUAACAUUGCAGACCUCGUCAUUGAUCCACGGCCAAUUGUCCAGCAAGUAGUUCAACGGGUUAAAAUGGGUUAAAAUGUCACUUACGUAUUUUGAGUUGAUUUUUCUAAGAUGCAUUGACCUGAUUGAUAGGAGGGUUAACAUGAUGAUUUCCGCCGCCCCUCGCCAUUGAACCGCCAUGCAUAUUCAUGUCCGGCCUAGUUACAGCGUCGUCCUCGCGACGAUGAUUUUCUCGACGAUGCUGUACACCACGGCGGCGGAGGGUUUUUCCACCAGCGGUUUAUCGCCGAAAAACAACAUGUCUACCAUGCCUGUUGUGUGUAAAAGUAUGGAUAUUCGUAACAAUAUAAGCAGUUUUGACGUGUUGGAAAACUGCACAGUCGUCGAGGGUUUCGUCCAGAUUCUUCUCUUGGAUAAUGUUACCGAAGCCGAGUUUAAAACUAUUUCCUUCCCGCGUCUGACUGAAAUCACCGACUAUUUGUUACUGUAUCGCGUGACGGCGUUGCGCAGCGUUGGUCAAUUGUUCCCGAAUUUGGCCGUGAUACGCGGCCAGACGAAAAUGUUCGAAUACUCGUUGAUCAUCUACGAAAUGGCGAACCUGCAGGAUAUUGGGUUGCAUAAUCUACGCGAAAUCUCCUCUGGUUUGGUGCGUGUGGAUAAAAACCCCUCGCUGUGUUUCGUGCAUAGUAUUGAUUGGUCCGCGAUUGUGCUGGAUAAACACGGCGAACAUUUCAUGAAGAAUAUUAGGUCUGAAGAGGAAUGUCCGCUGUGUCCAAGCGCGGAGGAUUCCGCGCUGAUGAACGGCGUUGCAGUCACGCAGUGUCCUGGUGGUCGGUGUUGGAAUCGUGAACAUUGCCAACGCAUCUGCCCGCCGGCGUGCAACAAUUCGUGCGAUUCAAAGGGUAAUUGCUGCGCGCCGAACUGCAUUGGUUGUGUUGAUGACGAGCCGACGUGUCUGGUGUGUCGUAAUGUCGUCGCCAUGUUGGGCCGGGGAUGCAUGGACAAGUGUCCCGACGAUACCUACAUGUACUUAAAUCGCAGAUGCGUCACGAAGAGCGAAUGUAUCGCUAUGCCGCGUCCGCUACAAUUCACCACCGGCAAAUCAAUGACGCAUGACAAAUAUCACAAAGUGCUCACCACGAAGGAUUCACACGGGAAUACAAUACGCAAAUGUGUGUUGGAAUGUCCGGCGGAUCACACAGCCACGGACAAUGAGUGUGUCAAGUGUGAGGCUGGCAGAUGUCACAAAGAAUGUCCUGGCAUCGUCAUCGACAGCUUAUCAACCGCGCAGGAAUUGCGUGGAUGUACACACAUCAAUGGCUCGCUAGAGAUACAAAUACGCGGGGGAAAGAAUAUAGUGAGUAAAUUGGAUGAGAGUCUGAGUAUGAUUGAAGUUAUUGAUGGAUAUUUGAAAGUCGUGCGGUCGUUUCCGUUGAUUUCACUCAACUUCUUCAAGAAACUGCGACAUAUUCGCGGUAAUGUGCUCGAUAACAAGAAGUUUGUCAUUUUCGUACUGGACAAUCAGAAUUUGCAAGAGUUGUGGGACUGGACGAAUCGCACGCUGCGAAUUGAUCAGGGCAAACUCUUCUUCCACUUUAAUCCGCGUCUGUGUCGCGACAAGAUUCGCACGCUGCAGCUCAAAACGAAUCUACCAGACUAUACCGAAAUAGAUGUGGCGUCGAAUUCCAAUGGUGACAAGAUCGCAUGUAACAUCACAGACUUAAACGUCACUGCUGAGCCUUCCCGCAAGGCUAUAGUACUUAAAUGGGAUCCGUUUGUUAUGAAAGAUCACCGCAAGUUGCUUAAUUAUGUUGUGUAUAGCAUCGAAGCGCCACAUCAAAAUAUUACAAUGUUUGAUGGAAGAGAUGCAUGCAGUGGCGAGAGCUGGCGUGUUGAAGAUGUCGCUGUCGUCGAGGGAAAAGUAACCCAUCUACUUUCAAAUCUUAAGCCUUAUACACAGUAUGCUUUCUACGUGCGCACUUAUACGAUCGCCAGUGAGGAUUCAGGUGCGCAAAGCGCAAUUCACUAUGUCCGCACGGCGCCCGGAAAACCGACGAAACCAGUGGGCCUCAAGAUCUCCGCGACGAAUCACAGUUUCCACGUGACGUGGAAACCGCCAAUUUUACCAAACGGUGAAAUCAGCCAUUAUGUAGUGACGCUUACGAGCGUCGAUGAGAAGGUGGAUAAGUUGCGCGACUUUUGCAGCGCCAAGACCAAACCGAUCGUGCAUAUUCAACCGACGACAAUAGCACCGCGAAUUGGCGGCGAUAAUAAAACCUGCGUAUGCUCACCGGACACUUUAAGCCCGUCCAAGAGUAGUGUUCAUCGAAACGCCACCACCGCCGAAGAUCAGAUCAACUUCGAAGAUUACCUCUAUGAUUUUGUGUAUAUUAAACGUGAGGAGAGUCCGCAACACCUACGCAAGACACGAUCAAUUAGCUCUGCCGAGAAUUAUGCCAAUAUUAACAAAACGGAGGAGACGUCUGGGGAUAAAGUUGACCAUUUGGGUCGAGUAAUGUCCAUUGAGAAAGAAGUCAACGAGACCGAGUUUUUCAUCGAUAAUUUGGUGCAUUACAAGAAGUAUAACGUUAAGGUGCAAGUGUGUCGCAAAACCAGAAGUAAAGGAAAAGAUGAAGAGGAGAAGUGCAGCGCCACAACGGUUGAACAAGUCCGGACACACAUGCGCGAUGAUGUCGAUUUGAUCACCACUCUGGACAUCAAGAACGUGACGUCUGAUUCCGCCAUUAUCACCUGGGAAGAUCCGGUGGAUCCGAACGGAUACAUUGAAUCCUAUCACAUAACAUACGGAAAUCUGGAUGAUAAUGAUCCCCACAAUCAGACACAUUGUAUCUCCAUAACACACGUGAAUGCAAAGCGUAGUUACAGGCUGAGUCAACUGAAACCUGGCAAUUGGUGCGUGGAAAUGUCCGUAACGUCACAGGCGGGCACCGGACGCGCCACUGGUGUCUCCUGCUUCCACGUGCAGCAAUCCAACGAGUUUAUUUACUAUAUCAUCGCGGGUGUGAUUCUAUUCCUAGCGUUGGGUGCAUUUGCGUUCAAAUUCUUCCGUGAAUACUAUAGGCGUGAUGAUAUGAAGCUGAUUACGUCCAUUAAUCCUGACUACAUUCCCACGCCGUACGUUCCGGAUGAUUGGGAGGUGCCACGUGAUAAAAUUAAACUCUUGAAUGAGUUGGGCCAGGGUAGUUUUGGUAUGGUCUACGAGGGUAUCGCGAAAGAUAUCAAAGGCAAGUCGCAGAUUCGAUGCGCAGUGAAAACUGUCAAUGAGCACGCUACGAAUCGUGAGCGUAUUGAAUUUUUAAACGAAGCUAGCGUUAUGAAAGCGUUUGAUACCGCGCACGUGGUGCGAUUGUUAGGUGUUGUAUCCCAAGGUCAACCGACAUUAGUCAUCAUGGAAUUGAUGGCGAAUGGUGACUUGAAAACGUAUUUACGCUCGCAUCGGCCGGAUUCCGAAGCGGAGGCGAAUGAUGGCAUCGAACGCAAGCCGCCAAAUCUCAAACAGAUAUUGAAUAUGGCGAUUGAGAUCUCUGACGGCAUGGCCUACCUGUCAGCGAAGAAGUUUGUGCAUCGCGAUGUCGCCGCGCGGAACUGCAUGGUGUCCGAUAACCUGGUCGUGAAGAUCGGCGAUUUCGGCAUGACGCGCGAUAUUUACGAGACUGAUUAUUAUAGGAAGGGUAGCAAGGGCCUGCUGCCCGUGCGGUGGAUGGCGCCGGAGAGUUUAAAAGAUGGCGUCUUCACUAGCGCGAGCGAUGUGUGGAGUUACGGUGUUGUGCUGUGGGAGAUGGCGACUCUUGCCUCGCAGCCCUACCAAGGCCUAACCAAUGAUCAGGUAUUGCGCUAUGUUAUCGGCGGGAAUAUAAUGGAGCGUCCCGAACAGUGUCCGGAUAUACUCUAUGAUCUAAUGAAGCUCUGCUGGAAUCACAAGCCCAGUGAUCGGCCUACGUUCCUGAGACUCUGCGACAUGUUGAUGCAAGACGCGCGACAGGGUUUUGAGAUGGUUUCGUUCUACCAUAGUCCUGCUGGUAUUGAGGCGCGUAACCAGCGUAUGGUGACACGUGCUGGUGAUGAAAUGGACGACGUCACCAUCCCGCUUCGUAUCGACGAGCAGACUGACGACGAGUCCGACCACGAGCCGGCUGUCAACGGCUAUGUAGUGCAUCAGCGACAAGCUAACGGCACGAACGCAUAAACAGUAUUUACCCAACAACACCCUCUUUCCUUCCCCAAAAGUGUUUGAACAGUUUACAACGACUGUGUGGCGAGAAGACUCACCCCUCAUGGUGCUCGAUAGUGUGUAUUAGACUAUGUUCAGAAAUGAUGUUUUUAAUCGGAACUGAUGUUAAUUUUAAACCACUCAAACCAAAGAUAGUGAUAUUCGGGCAGCUGAAUGAAGAACGGAUCGGGACGCAUCUCCUCUAUUACCCUCAACAAGUACACGCAGCUAGUCUCUCUAACUCUAAUUAUAUCUCUCAAGCCUGUACGCGCAUUCUCCGCCGAUUACCAGAAGCUCUAGUAAGUUGUUAUGUACUGCGAAUUACAUAAAAUAUGUCGAAUUGCCUUGUGAACGUUCUGUGACGAUGUGUGCGAUGGUUCGGCGUGCUGUACGCACGCCUUAUAUAUAAGAUGACCUGAUAUUACUUUGUGUAGAUGUGAAGAAAAGUCGUCGCCCCUCAUUCCCGAAGUUCCUCCUACCUAUAACAUAAGCCUCAAAUCAAAACAAAUGCGAACGCAGACAGCAUGCAAACAAACUAUAUUUAUCUAGUUGCAAAACGCCACGCCAUAACUACUAUGUUAAUUUAUACCCUUAUCUAUUAUUUUGUACCACGAUACCAAUGUGUAACGAUUAACUUAAAAUAGACACUGAAAUUGAUCAAUUCGUCCAUAUUCGUCUAGCGAAAGAUACAUGACUGCGCGAAUGAACAUAUAUUUUAUGAAAUAAACUUGAUUUACUCAUAAA